AUAGGCCACCAAUACCAUGAAUAACCAUCUAAUUUUCCACCCACACCUGUCUUCUUCCUCCUUCGCUCUCCCUUUUUAUGGCUUCUUCCCAAUCGGGAUCCAACACUUCUAUAAAUUUUGAGGCAGCCUUGUCUUUCUCAAGCUCAAACCCCCUCCCCAUGGCUGCUUCCUCUUCUUUUAUGAACAUGGACAACAUCCAAGGCAGAAGAAGCGCGUCAAUUCCCAGUUGGGGACUUUCUGACCACCCAACUGAAACUGAUGAUAAAUUUGGCAUUGAAAUUCCAAAACUCAAGUCACUUGCUCCCUCUUCGCUACCCAUAUCUCCAACUCCUGUUUCUCCUUCUUCUUACUUCGCUACAACUCCACUUGCUGCUUUUAGCUCUAAUGAUUUCCUGGACUCACCUGUUCUUUUCUCCACUUCUAGUAUUUUCCCUUCGCCGACUACGGGGGCUUUUGCUGGUCAAACCUUAAACUGGAGUUGUAGUAAUUCUAAUGACAAUCAACAAGUAAACAAGGGGGAACCCAACAACUUCUUUGACUUCUCCUUUCAACCGCAGCCAAGGCCUUCCACAACUUCAUCAUCAUCCACCAUUCAAUCUUCUUCCAACAUUGUUUCGGUGGAACAAUUGACAUGGAAUUUCAGCGAGCCCAUGAAGCAACCUGAUUUGACCUUAGAGAAGGUUGGUGGAGUAAAAUCAGAAUUUGCGCCGAUGCAGAACUUCUCCACGGAAAUGGCCCCAUUGCAAACAAAUCUGCAAAGCAAUACCGUUUCCCAGCCAGCUGGUUAUAACCAAUACAAUCAAUCGUCUCAGUUUAUCAGGGAGAGCGGAAAGGUGGAAGAUGGAUAUAAUUGGAGAAAAUACGGGCAAAAACAAGUGAAAGGAAGUGAAAACCCACGCAGUUAUUACAAGUGCACAUAUCCUAACUGCCCCACAAAGAAAAAGGUGGAGAGAUCUUUGGAUGGACAAAUAACUGAAAUAGUUUAUAAAGGAAGCCACAACCAUCCCAAGCCUCAAUCUACAAGAAGGUCAUCAUCUCAUACUGCAUGCACCAACUCAGAGAUAUCUGAUCAAUCUGUAGGCACAUUAGGCACCGAACAAACAGACUCCUUUUUAAUGCAAGAGGAUAAUUCAGGUUCCCUGGCGGAGGAUGACUUUGACCAAGCUUCACCAAUAAGUAAUCCAGGUGGCGAUGACAAUGAAAAUGAACCUGAUGCCAAAAGAUGGAAAGGUGAAAAUGAGGAUGAGGUUAUCAUAGGUUCUGGUAGCAGAACCGUAAGAGAGCCUAGAAUAGUGGUGCAAACAACAAGUGAUAUCGACAUUCUUGAUGAUGGGUACCGGUGGAGGAAAUAUGGGCAGAAAGUAGUUAAGGGAAAUCCCAAUCCAAGGAGCUACUACAAAUGUACAACAAUUGGCUGUCCGGUGAGAAAACAUGUUGAGCGAGCAUCCCAUGAUUUGAGGGCUGUGAUCACAACUUACGAAGGGAAACAUAACCAUGAUGUUCCUGCAGCACGUGGGAGCGGCUAUGCAAUAAAUAGACCUCCCACAGCAAGCAACAGCAAUGCUCCUAUGGCCAUGCCUAUAAGGCCUUCUGCUGUCCCCAGUCAGCCUAGCAACACAAGUUACCCAAACUCCAUUCAGACAAGAUUGCCAACAUCAGGAAGCCAAAUUCCAGUUACCUUGGAAAUGCUGCAGAACACAGGUGACUUUGGAUUCUCAGGAAAGCCCAUUGGCUCCUACAUGAGCCAAGCACAAUUCUCUGAAGGGGCAUUUGCUAGAGCUAAGGACGAACCAAGGGAUGAUUCAUGUCUUGAUGGAUUCCUGUCUUGGAAGUGAAACAACUAACCUUAGCAGCACAUCAACAAAGUAGAUGUUUAUCAAUUAGCUUUACUUGUUUUUAUUGUAUAUCUAUAUAGUUACCUGGUUAUGUAGGUUUUUGUGACUUGUACACAAAUUAAUGCAUUUAUUCAUUUGUUUCGGGGCCUGAUGAACAAUGCCUCACUUCAACUUUCUGGCAGAUUGUAAGAGUAGAAAGAAGAAAAUGGAUUUCGGUGGUUAAUAAAGAAUUUCUUCAACUUUAGCAUGAA